GUUCAACAAAAACGUGAAUUCAAUGAUACAUUGCAUAAAUCAACUCCAGCUAGGUUAGCUUAUCCAGAGAAUGGUAAAUCCACGUCAAGUGACAAUCUUAACGCAUCACUUGAUUCAAUGAAUACUAGUAAUUCUGAUUUAGACAAUAAUAAUAAUAGUAAUAAUACUAAUACUUCAAGUGUAUCAUCAAUACAACAACAACAACAGAAAGUACUCAGUGGAUCUGAAUGGUAUGAUGCACAGGCGUAUAGAGCAUUGAAUCAAGCCCUGGGAAGGUGUAUACGACAUGCUAAUGAUUGGGGUGCUGUAUUAUUGGCUGAUGCACGAUUUGUUGAACAACCAUCACGAUAUAUGUCUGGUAUUAGCCGGUGGAUACGGACAAGAGCUC